UUUUCAAUCCUGUUCCUCUUCUGCCGGACCAUACUUCCAAACCUCUCAACUGAAGAAUCAAUUUACUCGAAUACGAUUUCGCUGACAAUGCGUUCAAUUCUGACGGCUGCGGCUUUGACCGCUCUAACACAGAGCACUUUGACUUUAGCAGAUGUACAGAAAUAUUGUCCAAGCUCCAAUAUAUGCUAUCGUGUCGCUGUACCCGAGGCCGCUGCCGCAUCAGGCAGUGGCAACCUCUACUUUCAGAUUGAAGCACCAACUUCAUACACCUGGGUUGCGCUCGGUACUGGCUCCCAGAUGCGUGGGUCUUACAUGUUCAUCAUGUACACAGAUGGUGCCGGUAACGUCACUGUCUCGCCCCGCUUAGGCACCAAUCAUCAGAUGCCUGUCGAGGACACCAGCUCGACCGCGGCUGAUAUCACGCUGCUCGCUGGGUCCGGCGUUGAUGGGAGCACCAUGCGAGCCAAUAUUCUAUGUACAAGCUGCAAUAGUUGGAAUGGUGGUUCUAUGAGUCUCGGUGACACGAGCUCAUCCUGGAUCGCGGCCUGGAAGAGCGGCAGCUCCAUAGGUUCCACGAGCCGGGAUGCCAGCAUUCAGCAGCAUGACUCGACGGACUCAUGGAAUAUCAAUCUUCAACAGGCGACGGUAUCAUCUGACUCAAACCCGUUUGUGACCACAUCUGGGGAUAGUAACAGUGGUAGCAGCGGCAGUGGCAGUGGCAGCGGUAGUGAUAGUAGUUCAGGAAGUUCCGGGAGCUCUGGCAGCGGUGAUGGCAAUUCUGGCUCUAGCUCCAACUCUGGCUCCAACUCGGGUAGUUCUUCCAGCGGUGGUGUCAGCCAAAACACCAGCAACAACCAGACACCUAGACUCAUUGCUGCUCACGGUAUCAUAAUGGCAAUUACAUUCGUUAUCAUGUACCCCAUUGGUUCCAUACUCAUGCCUCUCCUUGGUAAAUGGGCUAUUCACGCUGCAUGGCACAUCGUCAGCUUUAUCAUGAUGUGGGUAGGCUUUGCACUAGGUGUCGUCGUCUCUCAGCGUACCUUCAUCAACUUUACCGCGAGUCACACCAUUCUGGGUACAGUGGUGACCGCUCUUAUGGUAGUCCAGCCCGUGCUAGGCUUUGUUCAUCAUCGUCAGUAUCUCAAGACGCAGAGCCGCGGUGCGAUAUCCCAUGCACACAUCUGGUAUGGACGUAUUUUGAUGCUUCUUGGCGUCAUCAACGGUGGUCUGGGCCUUCAGCUCGCUAGCGCUGCCCAAUCAUUAAUCAUUGCCUAUGCCGUCGUCGCUGCAAUUAUCGGUGUAGCUUACAUUGCAGUCAAGCUCUUCAAUUUCUUUAGGAAGCGCAGGACAGGCAGUUUGAGGUCAGAGAAAAUUGGGUCGAAUGGCAGCACUGGAAGACAUGACAAGUAUAGCCCAACGCAAGGCGAGGAGGUCGAGUUGCCUAGACGGCCGCAUGGUAGUGGGAGAGAGAGAGGUCAUGAACACUAGUUGCUCUACGUGCAAAGGACUCGAGAGAGAAAAAAAUGUCACCAAGCAAAGACAACCCGAAGAACUAGGUUUCCCAUUUCUACCUGGGAAGAAGUAGAUUAAGUUCUUUUGUACAUAUUCAUCGACACGUUUGAUAAAAAUAAUCCGGUGAAGUAUUACAUGUUCAUCAAGACUGCACAUACAUCC